AUGCGCAUCCUUAGCACCCUCGUUCCGAGCCUGUGUCUGUUCGCCCCCCUUGCCGCCGCAGGCUAUACUCUGAAGGACGACUAUGGCACCUCCGACUCGUUCUUUGACAAGUUCAACUUCUUCACAGGCAAGGACCCAACCAACGGUUACGUCAGCUAUGUCGACCGCUCGACCGCUCAGAGUGGUGGAUUGAUCAAGUCUGGUAGCUCUGUGUAUGUUGGCGUCGACACUGUCAACACCGCGAGCGACCCCGGCCGAUCCAGUGUGCGCCUGGAGAGCACCAACACCUAUGACCACGGGCUGGUGAUAUUGGACUUGAACCACAUGCCGGGUAGCGUUUGCGGCUCCUGGCCCGCUUUCUGGAUGCUCGGCUCUAACUGGCCCAACAACGGCGAGAUUGAUAUUAUCGAAGGCGUCAACGACCAGACCUCCAACCAAUUCACCCUGCACACCGGCGAUGGCUGCUCGAUUGACAGCUCGGGCUUCAGCGGCACCGUCCAGACCAGCAACUGCUACGUCGAGGCCUCGGGCCAGUCUGAAAAUGCCGGCUGUGCCAUCACCAGCUCCAGCGAUUCCUCCUACGGUGGCGGCUUUAACAAAAAUGGUGGUGGUGUUUAUGCCACUGAAUGGACUGGCGAUGCUAUCAGCGUCUGGGUCUUUUCUAACUCGAGUGUUCCGUCUGAUAUUACCAGCGGUACCCCCAACCCCUUAGGCUGGGGAACGCCGUCUGCCAAAUUUGCUGGCAGCUGUGACAUCGACUCACACUUCAAGGAACUCCAAAUUGUCUUCGACAUUACCUUCUGCGGUGACUGGGCAGGUGAGACCUGGUCCUCUGGCAGCUGCGCAUCCAAGGACAAGUCUUGCAAGUCUUACGUGCAGAACAAUCCCUCCGCCUUCGCCGAAUCCUACUGGGGCAUCAAUUCUCUCAAGGUCUACCAGGACAGCAGCAGCUCUAAACGCGACAUUCACUCGCACGCCGCGGCGCAUAUCCGCCAAGGUGCCGGCGAGCCCAUUUCCUACCCCAACGUCGGCCGCAACUCGUCGAAUGUUCGUUUCGUGGCCCGACCAACCUGGAAGCACCGCCGCGACCGCUACAAGCACGGUCAGUGA